GUUGCACAAAGACCAAGUCUGACCUCGACAGCUCCACUUCUCCGGCACACAUUCCCCGACACCGACCUCCGCUGUGAAGGGAAACUGCACAAUGCAGCGGGUCAAAAACAUCGACUAUGACGACGAUGAUGUCUAUUCGGACGAGGAGGAAUACGCAGAAGAAGGGCCGGGCGAAUAUUCAGCGGAGGACAAGGAGAACUUUGCGGCCUUGACACCGGUUGUAAGAGCAGAGCUGGACGAGGCGGGUAUACCAGCAACAACAAAGCAAAUCGAGGAUGCGCUAUGGCACUACUACUGGGAUGUUGGCAAAAGUGUGGCAUAUCUCAAGAACUCAAAGGCACCACAGCAACCCAAACAACAGGUAGCGAAGAAGGAGAAACCGAAAAGCAAGUUCGAUGAGGCAGCCGAGCAGAGUGCCGUGAUUGCAGAUAAAGUGAAACAGACACAACCUCCAGCAAACGGCCUUGCCAAAAAGGCGGAAGCUUUGAAGCUGGACCCUACACCUAAGCUCAAAAGUAAAGGCCUAGAUGUGCCGAAGCUGUGGCAAGAAGAGAAAUCGAAGCGAAAGUCCGCAGCAUUCGUAGUCAUUGGACACGUGGACCAUGGCAAGAGUACGCUCAUGGGUAGACUAUUGCUUGACACUGGCGCCGUGGCACAAAGGGAUGUUGAUAAAUACAAGAAACAAGCGACAGAGAUGGGCAAGGCCUCUUUUGCACUAGCAUGGGUAAUGGACACGGGCUCAGAAGAGCGUCAACGAGGUGUCACUGUCGAUAUCGCCCAGCAUCAUUUUAAAUCCGGCGAUGUGGACUUCACGAUUCUUGAUGCCCCUGGACAUCGCGACUUCGUGCCAAACAUGAUUGGCGGAGCGUCCAUGGCCGAUAUGGGAGUGCUAGUGGUGGACGCGAAUCAGCUCGAAUCGGGAAUGAAAGGGCAAACUAGAGAGCACAUCUUACUUGCCCACGCCGUUGGGCUUCAGAAGAUCGUGGUCGCUGUCAACAAGCUGGAUUCUACUUCGCAGCCCUGGGACCAGUCGAUCUUCAAGGCCGUCAGUGCGGAAGUACGUAAAGUCUUGAUGGAGACUGGAUUCUCGAAAGACAACAUAUCAGUCGUACCUUGCAGUGGGCUUAGUGGAGAGAACGUCGUCAAGGCGCCUUCCGAGAGUUCAGAGGCGGGUUGGGUCAAGAAGAACCACCCCACGCUGAUACAACAACUUGAGCAGUCUGUCGCUGAGUCGACGUCGGUAGAGGUCGUGCUAAAGCCUCUACGUCUGCAAAUUGCAGACGUGUUUCGAGGCGGCAUACAGAAUCCUGUCUCAAUAUCUGGUCUGGUGCGAAGCGGGAAUGUGCAAGUCGGCGAGUCCAUCAUUAUCCAACCUAGCGGAGAAAAGGCUACUGUGAAGGGCAUCGAAUUGGCUGGCGUGUCGAAAGAGUGGGCAGCAGCAGGAGAUAUUGCUGCUCUUCAUCUUGCAGAUAUCGAGCCUCAACAUUUGAGAAGCGGUGACAUUGUGUGUGGCUCAUCGAAGCCGGUCUCGGUAGCGAAGAACAUUAUUGCUAAAGUGCAGGCCAUUGAUGCUCUUCUACCGCAGGGCGUGGAUGUACAUGUGGGUCGGCUCCAUGUUCCAGGACAGAUCAACCAGCUGUUUAGCAUUAUCAACGCCAAAGACGAGGUGCUGAAGAAGAAGCCGCGGAUUGUGAAGGCAGGUCAGCGAGCUGUGGUGAGGAUUGCUCUCGACGACGGGGCUCCGCUUGAGGUGGGCGAUCGGGUUGUGGUGCGAGCAGAAGGAAGCACAGUAGCAGCAGGCGUAGUGGAGAAUGUAGGCAGAUAGAUCAUAC